CCGUGCCCCUUGUCGGGCCGCUUGUUUGGCUGCUGCCGUCACCUCAUGGCGACGCGGGUAGAGGAGGCAGCGCGGGGAAGAGGCGGCGGCGCCGAAGAGGCUAUUGAGGCCGGACGGGGCGGACGGCGACGCAGCCCGCGGCAAAAGUUUGUGAUUGGCACAAUGGAAGAAGCUGGAAUGUGUGGGUUAGGGGUGAAGACAGAUAUGUUACACAACUCUCAAUCAAAUGAUAUUCUUCAACAUCAAGACUCAAAUUGUGGUGGUACAAGUAACAAGCAUUCAUUGGAAGAAGAUGAAGGCAGUGAUUUUAUUAGAAAGAACAGGAGUUUGAUGAGCCCAGCAUACUGCACACAAGAGUCAAGAGAGGAAAUUCCUGGGCGAGAAGCUCGAAUAGAUCCGCCUGACGGUCAGCAGGAUUCAGAAUGCAACAGGAACAAAGAGAAAACUUUAGGAAAAGAAGUUUUAUUAUUGAUGCAAGCCCUAAACACCCUUUCAACUCCAGAAGAGAAGCUGGCAGCUCUCUGUAAGAAAUAUGCUGAUCUCCUGGAGGAAAGCAGGAAUGUUCAGAAGCAAAUGAAGAUUCUGCAGAAGAAACAAGCCCAAAUUGUGAAAGAGAAAGUUCACUUGCAGAGUGAACACAGCAAGGCUAUCUUGGCAAGAAGCAAACUAGAGUCUCUUUGCAGGGAACUUCAGCGUCACAAUAAGACAUUAAAGGAAGAAAAUAUGCAGCAGGCACGAGAGGAGGAAGAAAGACGUAAAGAAGCCACUGCACACUUCCAAAUCACUUUAAAUGAAAUCCAGGCACAGCUGGAACAACAUGACAUACACAAUGCCAAACUCCGCCAGGAAAACAUUGAGCUGGGAGAGAAGCUGAAGAAGCUCAUUGAACAGUAUGCACUGAGAGAGGAGCAUAUUGAUAAAGUGUUCAAACAUAAGGAAUUACAGCAACAACUUGUGGAUGCCAAGCUUCAACAGACAACACAGCUAAUAAAAGAAGCUGAUGAAAAACAUCAAAGAGAGAGAGAGUUUUUAUUAAAAGAAGCAACAGAAUCGAGGCACAAAUAUGAACAAAUGAAACAGCAAGAAGUACAACUAAAACAGCAGCUUUCUCUUUAUAUGGAUAAGUUUGAAGAAUUCCAGACUACCAUGGCAAAAAGCAACGAACUGUUUACAACCUUCCGGCAGGAGAUGGAAAAGAUGACAAAGAAAAUUAAAAAACUGGAAAAAGAAACCAUAAUAUGGCGCACCAAAUGGGAAAACAACAACAAAGCACUUCUGCAAAUGGCUGAAGAGAAAACUGUCCGUGAUAAAGAGUACAAGGCCUUUCAAAUCAAACUGGACCGGUUAGAGAAGCUGUGCCGGGCUCUUCAAACCGAGAGGAACGAGCUCAACGAGAGGGUGGAAGUCUUGAAGGAGCAGGUCUUGGGGAGAGCUGCAGGUGACCAUCUAGCGCUGCCUGGGACACAGCCCUGCAGUGGCCUGGUGGCCCCCAGGGAGCCGAACACUGCUUCUACAGGUGCCCCGGGAGGCCCCCUGGAGGCCAUGCCCAGGGCCUCAAAGGAGAAAGCAGCUGUGUCCGCAGGCGCCGCGCCAGGUAUCGAGUCCGUUGACUGAAAGGAAGUAUGAUCACUGUAUCGAGAGCUAUAUUUUGUGUAUAACUUUCUGUUAGUAGUAACUAUUGUUUUUGUGGUGAAAAUUUUCUUACUUUUUCUACCAUAUCUGUAUUUUCUUAGAACUACUGGACUUACGUGGUACAGGAGGCUGCUUAGCGGUUUUGAAUAGUUUUCCUCUCUACAUUUUCCUCAGCCGUGUUGCACAUCUGCUUCAUUUCCCUUCAUUGGAAUGCAUGUGACCAUCGCCUUGUCCUAUCUUCCCUGUUCCUUGCACAGAAUUAUUCAAAUUUCACUCAAGACAGGGCCGAUCAUCACAAGGGAACUUUGUUCUGAUAAUGGUUCCUUGAUGUGAAAACAAUAUUGAUUCAAACAUCCUGCCCCCACCCCCCCAUUAAUAUUACACAAAAUCAAGAUGAUUAGUUUUGUCUAAUAGCCCACUUACAUGCCAAGUAAAAAUAAACUUAGGGUUGGGUCAGAAAUAAGCAUAGCAUCUUUGAAUCAAAUUAGCUUUUUGAUAAUAUUUAUAUCACUUGACAAAUUGACAUGGCUGCAAGCCUCGAAUACUCAAAAGUUUUGGCAGAUUACGUACAUAAAGGUGUCACUUUUAAAGUAGUAUAUACAGAUCAUUGGACAAACGAAACAGGCUUAAUGUUUGUGACUAAAAACAAUCCUACUGCUUUGGUUUCCAGGUUAGAACUAGAACCCGUGUUUGAACUUGGACCACCUAAAUGUUCACUGUGGAGUAUGGUGGUUUGCUUUCAGUUUGGGAUUUGGGUACGCAUCCUCCCCUUCCCACAGAAGGCGGCCAUCGGUAGUUGUCAUUUUAAGACAGGGUUAAGUUCAUGUGUAGCUUUCAUUAAGCAGAAGUCCCUCCACUGCCAUGCUGCCCGCUGGCUAUUUGAAAUUUCAUGUUCAACUGUUUUUGCAAAUCCUGCUAGCAAAGUUCUCCAGGUUUUUAAAACGGGAAUUUUAAUUGUGGAUUAUGCUAACUGAAAUGGGUUUUAUUUCCAAAUCAGAAAGACUGAAACCCACACUUUUAACUUGGGAAGACUUGGCAGAGAGUUUAAGUAGUGAGGAUCUAUGAUGCUUUUGGUCUGAUUCUCACCCCUUUUCUUAAUUACAGUGUUUUAAGUAAAAAGCCAGUAGUAUCAUCAAGGUUUCUAUACUUGCACUGGGGGAACUUUCCGUAUGAAGCACGUCACUUCUGAAUUAGUUCUUUAAUUUUCCUUUGUUCUUAACAAUGUUGAAUAUGGCUGAGUUAUGCAAAUGAUAAGUCAGGUUGCACCAUGGAAGUUUGGACUUUGUCCCUGAUAAAAUUUGCAUUGAAAUAAUUUAUGAAAUAAAGAGGCUCUACUAGAAUUGAUAUUAGCACAUUCCACGGAGCAAAGCUAUCAAACUGACAGUGAAAUUGCUCACUGGACUGAAUCCGGCCCGUUCUGUCCAGUUAAAAGCGUUUUCUCUUAAAACUGUCUUUGUAAAGUCCUGUCAUAUUCAUGGUCUAAAGUGGGUUAAAGGAAUUGGAAAAUUGUCUCAUAGAAGCUUCCGCCAUUGGUCACAGGAGUCAAGGGGCCAGACAGUGGAGGAAAAGAAAACCACAGAGCAGGUGCUCUCAUUACGCUGUCAAAAAUGAGUCGGAAGCAAAACAAAUAUUCUCCUCCUCCGAUGGCCUCGCAUAAAUACUCCUUUCUGCUACUAGAUGAAAUGUUGGACUCAUUUCCCCUAGAGGAAAUGAAGGUAUAUAUCAGAAAUAUAAUCUACUUUAAAAUUCGUACUGAUGAUCCUAUUUCAAAGAACUCUGCUGGAUGUACAGCUCUUACUGUUGAAGCCAUUCGUGUAGCCCACCACGUUUCUUUGUGGUGCUUGUCUUGUGUGGAAGAUGUAAAUCUUGGACGCGCUGCCUAUUUUCAAGGGCUUUCUAAAGCAAUGUCAUUAACAGUCCUUGGCCUGCUGCUUUCGGCUUUUACUAGGUAUUUGUAGCUAGAUGCGAUUGUGGUAUUUAAAGGAGCUCGAUUCUGUUUGGGAUGCAUGAGGGGUCCUUUCCUCCCAUUACCCUGUGAAUAAACACAAGCGGGCCCCUCUGCAGCCACCCUCCUAAAGCAGUCACCUCACCAGCCCAGUGUUGUGGCUUUGUAGCACACCCUGUAUCCACCGUAUUCUAGAACACUGUAAUGCUGUCAGGCUGGUCCAGAAAAGGUUUAAAUGUCACAUUUCCUUCAGUUGCAUUUGUUGCACCAUCAUGCAAUCUUGCUGUGUAUUAUUUAUAGUGGCGGUAGACUCCGAGGAGUAGAGAAUACUUGGGUCUUGGAUCAUGGACCAUUUCAUCCUCAGACUUAUUAGGAUUACAUUUCUUGGUCUUGAGACCAGUGUUUUUUAGUUAUGUAUGCAACUGCCUUUAUUACACCUGGUUAUCACAAUUCAAUUCUCAGGUGUUGCAGAAAAAUCUACCUCUUUCAGACUGUAGAUGGAAAUAACUGUGAAAAACAAAUGCAGAGAUCUUCUAGUUUGUGCUAAACACACGGCUUUAUUUUUACAGCCCACGUCUUUCAUGAGGAUACGAAUUGUUCAGAGGCAGUCUUGUUUUGCUUUUCAGAGACAUUUUGUAGAGAUUUUUCACUAAUGUGAAUCUGAUUUUAUCUACUCAAUUCUGUAUAGAUUAAGUAAAUAUGUAUGAUAAAUUUAA